CAACGAAAUCACAUCUCUCUCUCUCUUCCUUUCUUGUUACUUAUCCAUUUUCUCUCUCUCUCUCUCAGACUUCCUUAAAUCGAUUCUCUCGAAUCCAAGAACAGAGCCCUUUUUAUUCUAACCAUCUCUCCUUGUUCCGAAUUCGUGGGACUAAAAAAAAUGACAGGCUUCUCUGUGUCUCUAAUUGUAUCAAACUUAUCAAACGUCGCCUCGUACCUAUCUCCAAUCUUCGAGACCAUCCCGUCUAAAGUUGUUCCAGCGCAGAUCGAGAAGGUUGUCUCUCUUGUCUCCCGCACCGGUAGAGAUUUACAGCGUUACGAUAAUUCAGGAUAUCGUCAAGUCGUCGGAUGUGUACCGUACAGAUACAAGAAACAACAAGGAAAUGGAAUUGAGACAAAAGAGAUUGAACUUUUACUUAUAAGUGCUCAAAAGGGCAAAGGAAUGUUAUUCCCAAAAGGAGGUUGGGAGAUUGAUGAGUCAAUGGAGGAAGCAGCAUUGAGAGAGACGAUAGAGGAAGCUGGUGUGACGGGAGAGCUCGAGGAAAAGCUUGGGAAAUGGCAAUACAAGAGUAAAAGACAGAGUGUGAUUCAUGAAGGUUACAUGUUUGCGUUGCUUGUUGACCAAGAAUAUGAGCGGUGGCCUGAAGCGGAGACUAGAGAAAGGAGAUGGGUUGGUUUGGAUGAAGCGAGAGAGGUGUGUCAUAGUUGGUGGAUGAGAGAAGCUCUUGAAGCAUUUGUUAACCUGAAAUGUAAUGUCGUGGAGAAGGUUGUGAUUGAAGGUAAUGAUGUUUAGGGUUUGGUGGAAACAGAGCUUUUUAGAGUUAGAAACCUGACCAUAGGGAUCAGAAGAAGAAGCUUCGUGGGGGGAUAUUUAUUUGGUCUCUUUGAGAGUUGUGGAAAAGUUUUGAUUGUUUGAAGAUGAGAUGUCAACUAUAUACUAUUUCUAAUUUAUUCUUUUUUUUGUAUUAUAUGAUUCAUUCAUUCUUUGAUUAAUUGUGAAUAAAUUGCUAGACAGGUCUCUUAAUUAAAUAAAACGUUUU